AAGCCACAUUGGCCAGGCUGGGUAGUCGAAGCUCGUGUCGCUGUCAGUGCGCGGAGUCACACACACGCUUUAUCCGCCUGCUGUUCGUUGGGUGCCGACGCUGGUGAUCUGGAGCUUUUACCGAAAUUGAUGAAUCCCGCGUGCAUGCUUGUCGCAUGGAGUGAAAGCCGAGAUCCUGAUGUGAGAAAGGGGAAGACCCAGAACAGAGCCGCCUUUUCCAAUCCUGAUACAACUCCUGACAUUACCCAUUUUAAGUGUCACCGAAAAACUGUCAGAAGACUUGAGCCAUGCCCUGCGUUCAGGCUCAGUAUGGAUCAUCACCUCAAGGAGCUAGUCCUGCUUCCCAGAGCUACAGCUACCACGCGGCAGGAGAAUACAGCUGCGACUUCCUAACACCCGAGUUCGUUAAGUUUAGCAUGGACUUGACCAACACUGAGAUCACAGCGACUACUUCUCUGCCGAGUUUCAGCACCUUCAUGGACAACUAUAGCACGAGUUACGACGUCAAACCGCCCUGUCUGUAUCAGAUGCCCCACUCUGGAGAGCAGUCCUCUAUCAAGGUGGAGGACGUCCAGAUGCAUAGCUACCAUCAACAGAGCCACCUGCCGCCCCAGUCAGAAGAAAUGAUGGCUCACUCCGGGCCCAUGUACUUCAAGCCCUCCUCGCCCCAUGCCCCCAGUACGCCCAACUUCCAAGUGCAGCCCAAUCACAUGUGGGAGGACCCCGGCUCCCUCCACAGUUUCCACCAGAACUACGUCGCGGCCACCACCAACAUGAUAGACCAGCGCAAGAACCCCGUGUCGCGGCUUUCGCUGUUCUCCUUCAAGCAGUCCCCGCCCGGCACCCCGGUGUCCAGCUGCCAGAUGCGCUUCGACGGGCCGCUGCACGUGUCCAUGAGCCACGACAACCCGGUGGCGCACCGCGGCCUGGACGGCCAGAGCUUCGCGGUGCCCAGCGCCAUCCGCAAGCAGGCCGGCCUGGCCUUCCCCCACUCCCUGCAGCUCGGCCACGGGCACCAGCUGGUGGACAGCCAGGUGCCGUCGCCGCCGUCGCGCGGAUCCCCGUCGAACGAGGGUCUGUGCGCGGUGUGCGGGGACAACGCGGCGUGCCAGCAUUACGGAGUUAGAACCUGCGAGGGCUGCAAAGGAUUUUUCAAGCGCACCGUACAGAAAAAUGCAAAGUACGUGUGUCUAGCGAAUAAAAACUGUCCUGUUGAUAAACGCCGAAGAAAUCGUUGCCAGUUCUGCCGUUUCCAGAAGUGCCUUGUCGUCGGAAUGGUGAGAGAAGUUGUCCGAACGGAUAACCUGAAAGGUCGGAGAGGACGCCUACCAUCCAAACCCAAAAGUCCCCAGGAGCCCUCCCCUCCCUCGCCGCCAGUGAGCCUCAUCAGCGCACUUGUUAGGGCCCAUGUGGACUCCAAUCCCUCCAUGUCGGCUUUGGACUACUCCAGAUUCCAGGCUAACCCUGACUACCAAAUGACUGGAGACAACACUCAGCACAUCCAGCAGUUCUACGAUCUCCUGACGGGCUCCAUGGAGAUCAUCCGGGGAUGGGCGGAGAAGAUUCCGGGCUUUUCUGAUUUACCGAAGCAGGAUCAAGAUCUCCUCUUUGAAUCCGCAUUCCUUGAACUGUUUGUACUGCGGCUGGCGUACAGGUCCAACCCAGUGGAAGGCAAACUUAUUUUUUGUAACGGGGUCGUGUUGCACAGGCUGCAGUGCGUCCGUGGAUUUGGAGAGUGGGUGGACGCCAUCGUGGAGUUUUCUUCCAACUUGCAGAGCAUGAACAUAGACAUCUCGGCUUUCUCCUGCAUCGCUGCACUGGCCAUGCUAACAGAGAGACACGGGCUUAAGGAACCUAAAAGAGUGGAGGAUCUCCAAAACAAGAUCGUCAACUGUCUCAAAGAUCAAGUGACGUUCAAUGGCGGUGGAUUGAAUCGUCCCAACUACUUGUCAAAACUCUUGGGAAAGCUCCCUGAACUGCGCACACUAUGUACCCAAGGUCUGCAGCGUAUCUUUUACCUAAAACUAGAAGACAUAGUUCCCCCGCCAGCAAUAAUUGACAAACUGUUCCUCGACACCCUACCUUUCUGAGUUUGACUCAAUGGCGAGACCUCAAAGAACUUCCAAAAGACUGUUUGAGUCAGACUUGGCCGAUUUUUAAAGUUGUUAUUUCUGAAUAUUUUGCAAGCUCCGUAGGCUAAUAGAACAACAGUACCAUAAUAAGACCCAUUCAAAAGAUAAACAAGGGGAGGAGACAGAAAGUGUGGUUGCUGUAGGCCUUUUAAUCCCCGGAAAAUGUUUUAUCCCUCUCGUUCUCCGAGUGCCAGACGUGUGAAUCAUCGCGGGAAAUUUUCUCUCCAGUGGACAAAUUGUCAACAAACUUAAUCCGGUCUUGCAAUGACUUAUUGUUUAUUUAACGUCGGCUCUACUGAUUCAACAUGAUGAGAUGUAAUAUAUUCCGUUCAUAUAUAAAUGGACGCACACACGCACACACAGGCGCGCACGCACACACAUUGUAUAUUACGAUAGAUUAUGAUGCCUCCAAUGCAUCGGUUUAUAACGUGUACAAAGUUUGUUAUAAUGAACAGAUUUAAUUUAAUUUCCCCCUUUCUUUAUGACUCGUGCCUAUGUGUUUCUGACAGGAUCCCACAAGUAUCCAGAAAAGACAACGCAUGUUCUAGUUUUUGUUUUUUCCUUCUCCUUUUAUUUUAUAGGCACUUGCUGAGGUGAUGUCUAUAUAUAAUAUAUACCGGACACUAUGUAGUCUGCUAGAUUUGAUACAGAUUCGUAGUUAUGGCACUCCUUUUAUGUAUGAUGCAUAUGUGGAAAAAUAUCUCAUCUGUAUAGAAAAUGAGGGACCCAUGGUGUUUGUAAAACUGUCAGACAUUCCUUGUUUGUAUGUGCUGUAAGUAUUGUUGCUGUUGAAUAUAACGUUUCUAUAUAUUUAUUAUUUCUAUUGCCAAGAGCUACACUAAGCAUGGUGCAAUUUAAACGAUUUCAAACCAUCCAAGUUCAUGCUGAGCACGUUGUCUAUGUUUUAUGUCUUCUAAGCGUCUAGGUAGUUAUGAUUUAACGCGUUUGGUAAUGGAGAAAGUCCGUCCUAUACCAGUAAGAGGGUUCAUGAGUGUGUGAUAUAGGCCCACGUCUAUGACAUCAUGAUGUACUUACAAUUUCUGUAACGCAUUUGGUGCCGAAUUCAUAAAAAAAAAAACUUUAGAGAGAAAGAAUUAUUUAAUGUUUACAAAUAAAACUUUUAAAUCAA